AUGACGGGCGUCGAUCCGGAGGUCGCACAGCAUCAUCUCAACAUUUCGCCUGACGCCCGCCCGGUGAAGCAGAAACUUAGACGGCAGGCCCCUGACCGGCAACUCGCCAUACGAGAAGAGGUAGGUCGACUUUUAGCGGCAGGCUUUAUAAAAGAAGCCAGAUACCCACAAUGGCUAUCCAAUGUAGUCCUUGUGAAAAAACCCAAUGGAAGUUGGAGGAUGUGCGUUGAUUACACCAGUCUCAACAAUGCAUGCCCAAAAGACUGCUACCCCCUCUCGAAGGUUGACCAGUUUGUCGACGCGACAGCCGGACAUGCCCGCCUCUCUUUUAUAGACGCCUUCUCGGGAUUCUACCAGAUCAGAAUGGCGCCCGAAGACCGAGAGCAUACAGCCUUCCUCACCGAUCAAGGGGUAUACUUCUAUAAGGUCAUGCCUUUCGGGUUGAAAAACGCUGGGGCUACAUACCAGAGAACAGUGAACAAGAUGUUCGCCCACCAAAUCGGGCGGAACAUGGAAGUUUACGUGGACGACAUGAUCGUGAAAAGCCAAGAGGCGGGAGCUCACCUUGCCGACCUGGCCGAGGCAUUCGCCACGCUGCGCAAGUUCGGCAUGCGACUCAACCCCGCAAAGUGUGCUUUCGGCGUCACCUCCGGAAAGUUCCUCGGGUUCAUCAUACAUGAAAGAGGAAUUGACGCCAACCCGGAGAAGGUCCAGGCAAUCAUCGACAUGCAGUCGCCUCGGACGCUCAAAGACCUGCAACGCCUUAACGAGAGGCUCGUCGCCAUGUCUCGCUUCCUUGCUCGGUCGGGCGAUCGCUGCCUCCCCUUCUUCAGGGCGCUAAAGAACCCAAAGAACUUUCAGUGGACGACAGAGUGCGACGAAGCCUUCAAACAAAUAAAGCAACACCUGGCCAGCCUCCCCCGACUGGCCUCAGUUUCUCCCGGGGAGAAGCUGGGCCUCUACCUAGCUGCCUCCCCGCACGUAGUCAGUUCCGUCCUGGUCAAAGAAAACUCCGGCAAACAGCUUCCGAUUUACUAUGUCAGCCACGUCCUGAGCGGGCCCGAGGAGCGUUACCCACCGAUUGAGAAACUCGCGCUCGCCCUGGUGCUGUCAGUCCGGAAGUUGCGCCCCUAUUUCCAGGCUCAUCUGGUGGAGGUCAUCACCGACCAAUCGCUUCGGCAGGUCUUAUCUAAAUUUGAUGUUGCAGGGCGGCUCCUCAAAUGGGCGGUGGAGCUCGGCGAAUACGACAUAUUAUACGUGCCCAGGACCGCCAUCAAAGCCCAGGCCGUGGCCGACUUCCUCGUAGAACUAACCCAGAUCGCGGACGGGGAUCACGAGCAACCUCCCGAAGCAUGGGUCCUGCACGUGGACAGAUCGGCCAACUCGAAGGGUGCUGGCGCAGGGCUGGUGCUGCUAGCCCCCGACGGACGCUCGUUCGUGCGUUCCCUCCGCUUCGGGUUUCAAGCCACUAAUAAUGAGGUAGAAUACGAGGCGCUCCUAGCGGGACUCAGGUUGGCCCUCGAGAUGCAAGUGACUGCCAUACACGUCCUCACCGACUCGCAGCUUGUAGCCGAGCAACUCAGCGAUGGAUACGAGGCUCGGGACCCAACCAUGGCGAAGUACCUGGCACAAGUAAGGAACUUGACCGCCAAAUUCCCUCAUUUUGCGCUAUCUAAUGUUCCAAGGGAAGAGAACGAGCGAGCCGACGCGCUAGCUAGGCUGGCGUCAAGGCCGGCCCCUGAAGCCUGGCCCGAGGUCGAGGAGCUCCCUGCCCGUGCCAUCGAAAUAGCAGCUGCGAACUCAGGCAGCAUGCCGACCACAUGGGUACAGGAGCUACUACGCUUUAAACGAGACGGGACCCUUCCUCCCGACGAGGUUGUGGCUCGGCGCCUGCGUCGUACGCAUGCGUGGUACUCCGAGGUGAGUGGACGGCUCUAUAAGCGGUCCUUCACAUACCCCCUCCUACGAUGUUUGGAGCCCGACGAAGCUCAGACGGUUCUGGCCGAGAUCCACGAGGGAGUCUGUGAGGAACACAUCGGCGAGCGAACCCUAGCGCACAAAAUACUUCGCCAAGCGGUGCAAUUCAUGCCAAGAACACGCCCGCACGCCUCGGCAGCCUGCGGUCCCGCUCGCCCCCAUCGAUUGCGCAUGGCCGUUCGCGCAGUGGGGUUGGAUCUGCUCGGACCUUUUCCACCGGCAUCGGGACAACGGAAGUACGUCAUCGUGGGAGUGGAUUAUUUCACAAAAUGGGUCGAGGCCGAGCCACUGGCCACGAUCACGGAGCGGCAAAUGGAGAAGUUCGUGUGGAGGAACCUGGUGACCCGGUUUGGCUUGCUCAAAACCAUCAUUACGGACAACGGGCCUCAGUUCGCCGGUAGAAGGUUCUGGGAGUUCUGCGCAAGUCACGGAAUCCAGCUGAGGUUCAGCUCGGUGGCUCACCCUCAGACGAACGGGCUGGCGGAAGUAACCAAUCGAUCCAUUCUAGACGGGCUCAAAAGAAGAGCAUCCACAGCCCGAUCAGCCUGGACGGACGAACUCCCGAGCGUCUUAUGGUCGUUACGCACCACCCCCAAGACCGCGAUCGGAGAGUCCCCCUACAGCCUCGCAUUCGGAACCGAGGCCGUCCUACCACCCGAAGUAGCCAUUGCCACCCUUCGGACGAGAAACUACGACGAGAAAAUCACGAACGAAGGACUUCGAGCUGGCCUCGACUUGCUCGAAGAGCGGCGUGCCAACACGCACCUGAAGGCCCUCUCUUAUAAAAGAGCUGUCGCAAGGAUCUACAACAGGAAGGUACGACCCCGACCAACUAAGUUAAGCGACCUAGUCCUGCGCAGGACCGAGGUCAGCAACCCGGCCCGAGCGAGGGGGAAGCUAGCCCCCAAAUGGGAGGGACCUUAUCGGGUCGCCGAGAUAAUCCGACCGGGUACAUACCGGCUCGCGACAAUGGACGAUUCUCCUUUGCUGAGAACAUGGAACGUCCAGAACCUUAAGAAGUUUUUCGUCUAA